UUGCAGCAUCAAUCGACGAACAGGGCGUGCCGCCAUAACCUGCAAUUGUCAGUCAUUGUGGCUUGUCUUUAUCUAUGAUUGUGGCAGCAGUUGUGAAGGCGUGUUGGGAGCACUGAUGAAUCGUUCAAAAUAAAUGUUCCUAAAGCAUUUUGGCGACAUUUAAAAGCUGAAGCCCCAGUCCGCUAUCAAGGGCCUGAGGGCUGCGCUACCUCGAGGCGAUGCUUCAAAUAACCCAGUGCCGCACGGUUUUUUAAACCAUCGGGAGAUGUCCGGACCUAACGUGUGCCUCAUUUGCAACGCCAGCUGUGUUUCCAUCAGGAACUCGAUCCAUAUCUUCAAUGAAAAUGGCGUUUCGAAUGAUCUAAACGUGCCUGAAGUCCUGGGAAACCUUCUUGAAACAGAAAUAACGGACGAGUCGAUUCAUUCACAGUUCCUGUGCAAGAAAUGCUACAAAUUACUAGACGAAUACGAUGAAGUCGUGAGUAGACUGAGUGAGAUCAAAAAUGAAAUCGUUGAAAACUACCAGAACACUUUGGAGAAGCGGCAACAACCGGAGGAGCCUGUACAAGCUAGCUCGAAGCACCAGCAGCAGUUGCCGUCCAGGGGAAAAGUGGCCCUAAAGGGCAAUGAGCUGCCUGAGAAGAUUCUGGAUAUUCCAUCUAGUGACGAUGACGACAGCCAGCCAGGUGAUCAGAAACCUCUUCAGUCCCUAGACGAGAUCGAAAUGGUGCUGGUCCAAGUGCAGGGCAAUGAAGAAGUCGCUGAUAUGGACAUGGAUGGCGAUCAGACCUUCCCCUCGUUCCCCAAUUCAGACUCUGAAGACAUGCAAGCCCUGCCUACUGACGAUGUUGAAAUAGGGAAAGUGAAACUGGAACCUCAUUCGAAGGAGGAGCCUUCUUCUAAUGAUUCCUCCGCAAACAGCUCCACCAAGCCCAACAUUUUGAAGCGCAAGCCGCAGCAAAACUCGAUCUGCUACUCGGAUAACAUCAUCAUCCAACAGCCGCUGGACCGAGGGAAGAAGUUCGACGACAACUUAAACGCACCCAUUGUAACAAGGGAAAACAAUCUGUACACCUGCUUGAUGUGUACGGGCAACGAAACUGUUGCUGGCGAAGCCAAAGCGAUCAUUUUGCACAUGAGACAGGCGCACGCGGCCCGUCUAUAUAUUUGCGACAUCUGCGGGCAAGACUUUAGGCGAAGGAACUUCCUUUCGGCACAUGUAGACGAGCAUGUCGCCACUGAAGAAGGCGACUUUCAAUGCGAAGUUUGUCAUAGGAUUUUCAACAAUUUGCGCCUGUUCAGGAUCCAUAGGAGGAUGCACUUGCCACAAGCAAAGGCUUGGGCGUGUCAGGACUGCGGCAAAAAGUACAGCAGCAAAAAUCUGCUGGAAGAGCACCUAAACGUUCAUUUGGGUGUGCGGCCCCACGUAUGCAGCACGUGCGGCAAAGAUUUUGCCAGCAAGUACACUUUUAAAGCGCACGAGAAGACACAUGAAAUGCGCCCGAGACCUUUCAAGUGCGAUCGUUGCGACAAAACCUUUCUUAACCAGCAUAACUUGACACAGCACGAGAAAACGCACACUGGAAUCAAGGACUAUCAGUGUCAUCUUUGCAACAAACAGUUCGGAUCGUCUCACAACCUCGAGGUGCAUUCCAUAGUCCAUACGGGGUACAAGCCUUAUAUUUGCGGCUUAUGCGGCAAAGGUUUUGCCAGAAAGGCAGAGAUUCGAGACCAUGAGCGAACUCAUACAGGAGAGCGGCCUUUUCAAUGCGAGUUUUGCGGCGCAACAUUCACUCAAAGAUCGAAUUUGCAAUCCCAUAAGCGGGCCACGCACUACGACGACAAACGAUACAAAUGUGAGGACUGCGGCAAGUGUUUUAAACGUCGUCGCCUGUUGGAUUAUCAUCUUAAGGCGGCCCAUACCGGGGAACGGCCGUAUAAGUGCGACAUUUGCGAGGCCACCUUCGUUUAUCCGGAGCAUUUCAAGAAGCACCGGCGCAUUCACACCGGGGAAAAGCCCUAUAUGUGCGAGGUAUGCGGUAAAGCGUUCAACUCGCGCGAUAAUAGAAACGCACAUCGCUUUGUGCACUCGGACAAGAAACCGUACGAGUGCCUGGAUUGCGGCGUCGGGUUUAUGCGGAAGCCCCUGUUGUUCCAGCACAUGAAAGCCUUUGGCCAUUUGAACGAUACAAUUGUUGUGAACCAGCCCAGGUUGACUUUGGAUGCGGAUAUCAGCAUGGACGCCGAAAGCCAUUUGGUGACUGUAGAAGAAGAAGAGGAAGUCACCGAGACCAAAAUAUUCAUCGGGGAAGAUGGGGACGACAGUAAUGAGCACGAUAUUGUCAUCAACGAGCGAAAGGUGACGUUUGCUGAAGACUGUUCGGAGAACGAAGGAACUUCUCAAGGGAUAGAGCAGGAUGUGGGCACAGAAGAUGGGAUUUAUGAGGAAAUACUGUCGACUGAAGCGCUGGCCACCAACGAGACGCAGAUCCUUCAGACUCCCGACGGCCCCAUUCAAUUGGUGAAAGUGCGAAUAGCCAACGAGAAUGGGGAGGAGGAGGAGACGUGGAUCAAAAUAUUUGCCGAGUAAAUAAGUACUGGUGGUUUGCUGUUUUUUUUUUAUUCAUUAUUAAACGGCGCAUCAAUCUCUGG